GCUUUUAUUCAAAUAGGCCACGUGUUUUAACAAAACAACACCAAAACGGGAAUGUAAAACGUGGUAAAGGUUGUAUAGAUGUAUAGCUGUUACAUUUACACUGUCCUAUAUAUACACGAGACGUGUGUGAUCUGCACGUCAUCGUCGCUUACCUUAAUAAAAUGGCAAAUACUUCUAACAUUUAAUUACAUUUGAAUGCCAGUAAAGCAAACGUGGGCGCAACGAAUUUCUAUCAUUAAUGUUUCAAUAUAUAUUUUACUGAACAAAGAGGAACUCUAUUUCCAUAAAUGUGUUUUCUGGAGCAUAAAACCUAAAAUUAAAGUAAAAGAAGCGAUUCAGGGACAUAAAAUGAGAAAUAGUACUAAGUAUCGAAGCGGCAUGUGUAUGAGGACUCGAUUUCUCAGUGUACCCUGGAAGUUUACCGCUUCCAAGACGGACGACGAAAGAGCGCAGGAAUCAAAUAUACAACGAAUGCGAGGUUCACGUAGCGCCGAUGUGCGGACAGACAUAUACCGGAGCGAAGAUGAGCACGGGUGUCCGUUUGUGUCAGAGACCUCAAAAACUUUGGCCGUGAAAAGCGUCAGUCUAGAUUCAGGCACGUUACUGGGAGUGCCCUCACGGGAUGUGAACAUGAAAUCACGCAGUCAAAGCGAUAGUGACGUCAUUGACGGCAACUCGCAUACGUCAAAUACUCGUCGCAAAAGGAGAACAAUCGCCACAUUUAUUAACCGAGUGAGGAUUGGCGGCCGGCGGUCAACGGUGUCUUGCAUGACCAGCCGACCCACACUAUGUGAGGAUUUCAAGAUCCAUGUACCGAAAUUCAACAAACAAAAUGCAGACGACGUUUUCUACCCCCAAAACCCUGCGGUAAUCUUUAGACUCUCUUCUCCCUCUCUCUGUGCUGUCAAUCGCGUCGUAUAUCUGCUGUCUUUGUGUUUAUUAAACCAAUAUUUUAAUUUUGCACUUACGUAUAUUUUACCACUAAAACUAUUUUAUGAUAUCUAGCUGCAGAUCUGUAGCUCUAGAGCUGGGAAUAUGUGCGCAUAGUUGAGGAUUCAUGCUUCUCCAUCUCGAAAUUUUAAUCUUAAAAAAGAAUCUUAACAUAUUUCUCCACAUCACUUUCUUUGGACAUUCGCUCCAUGUGAAUCGAAAACUCGUAAGCUCCGAAUGGGAAAUAACUAUUUUUAUGAAUACAUUUUUUAAAAAAAUCAAAGGGGGGGGGGGGGUAGUAACCCCUCUAGAUCUCCCAUAAAUGUUGUAUUUGAGAUGUAUUGGUUUAGAAUGUUGAUUAACCCUUUUAAUACCAAGCUUUGUGAAUUCAACAUUGUGGUGAGGGAUAAUACAAAAAGUAUAGAAAAACAUUACAUGUACUGAUGUACAUAUGUAGAUCAAAUGUAUGUUCCUUUUUAUUAUUGUACUCCGAAACAUUUUUAUAUGUGAAGGUGUUGUGGUCUCCUCUGUUUUUUAUUUUUUUUAAAUAUUUAUUUUUAGUAUGUUCAAAUCCAUCAUAUCGUUCAAUCACUGAAGACUUAAAAUGUUUUUUGAAUUACUUGGUGUUAUUUUGCCAACAUGAAAUAAAAAAGAAAUCGCAUUAAUUCACUAACUUAAAACCACAAUAGUGCAGUGAAAGCAAUGUUUGGCAUAAACGUGUUUCGUACAUGCAAAAAUGAAAGAAUUCUCAAUGUGUGUUGAAAAAUGGAAAAGACUUUUAAAGUCACAACCAGGUUCCGUAUACAUGGUAUAGGAUGUUGUAAACGAACCACACCAAACACUCAUGGGUGAUAAUCAUCUUGUGCAUUAAUUUAAAGGCCAAACAGAAGGAAACAAUUUACAGUAGAUCAGGACCUAGAGGGGGCCCCCUUUCAUCCAAGUGCUUCUUGUCUUUCUGUGUGUGCAUAUGAAUAUCACCAGAAAAUCCCUAAUAAAUGGGGUGGGGUUGAGUAAUAUUACAGUCUAUUCUCAUUAGAGAAGUGGACAGGCAUAUAUAUUGUAGGCUAUGCCUGUCCAGUUCUCUAAAAAAAAUAAAUAGCUGCAGUCCUAAACAUUCUCUCCCUCAAUUUGAUUGUUAAUGCAUAGCACACACUCUCUGACUAGACAGCUCAGAAAUAUUAGUUGAAAGAAAAUGAAGGAAAUAAAUUUCAUGAUUCAAAUUAUAAAGCAUUUGUUAUAAUAUGUGUGUUGUUUGUCCUUAGGUGUCGAAGAAAACCAUGACUUCAACUUAAGGUUGAUGAGUUGUUAUGUGUGUAGUGUUAUAUUAAUAUCAGACUUUGGACCAGAAUAGACUAGCUCUUAGAUAAACUUAGUUCUUCUAUUAAAAAAUUCACAUUUAAUGGCCUACCAGCACAGCUAAGCUAGUCAAAUUUAUCUCAUUAUGAGCUAUACUUUUAGUAUAACCUGGGGAAAAAAUGUAAUUUGUAUUGAAACCUAAUAAAACACCCCAAAGUCUCUGAAAAUGCCACAGACCCAUAUUAUUUAUGUAUUCUUGAGGGUUUAUGGAGAAAUCUAUAACUCUGAAUGAUAUCACAGGUAGAUUUGUGUUAAUGUCAUAGAUACAGAGGUAUGAUCAAUGUCAUACAGGAAAUCUAGCAGAUCCUUAGACAAACACUUCUUAAUCAGAGUGGAAUGCAGGCUAGAUUUAUAACACAGAUUUAGUGUCAGAGCCUGUACCACCUGUUUACCAAAGACAGUGAUAAACGCCCUAAAAGGUAUUCUUAAAACACAUGUUAAAGAGGAAGGACCUUCAAAAAGACUAAUGGACUAGAGCCAGUAACAUAGAUACAGGAUGAUGAAAAAAUCAAACAGUUUGCCGACAAACUCCUUGGAAUAUUUAGGGACAGGAUAUCUGACCAGUACCCAGUGCUGUAGCCUGCCCACAUCGCCUGGGAGCUCACUCACCCCACCUUCUCCAAGAGGAUUGCUAUCAAGACUGAAAAGGAGAUUUUCUCGCAGGAUUCGGAGGAAGUCUUACCACAGUAGUAGGAGAACUUCAUAUGAGUCUAGCGUGGAUUUUGAGUUUGAAAGAGAAAGGAGUUCUUCUGCUGGAAGUCUUACAACAGGGGAAAUAGAGAAUGAGAAUGUGUACUGUGGAAUCCUCCGAUGUCUGCUUCAUCCACUGGGAAAUCCGGACGUCACCACAGGGCUGCGGCCAGGAGACUUAAUCGACCGAUUAAAAGAGGUGUUUGAUGUAAAUCAAGAUGAACAAGAAUUCUAUGUUCGACAAGAGAUGUUCCAUCGCCCCCAUGCUCUACAAGCCAACAUCUCCAUCAUGGAGGCCAAGGGACUCCAAACAGAAACUUUAGAAAACUGCAAUUCCUACUGCUUACUGGACAUUUACCAUCCCCUACAUAGGAAUUCCUCAUUUUCACCAAAAUCAUCACCCAAAUCAUCCCCUAAAUCAUCACCCAAACUAAAGAAGAGCUCAUCAACUGUUCCUAUCAUCCAUUGUAGUGCUGUGGAAGAGGUACAUCGGACAAUCACUGCCAAACACACAUCUAACCCUCAGUGGAAUGAGGAGUUUGAACUGUCAGUUGAGGACUUGCUGACAGAUGAAAUCCAUGCAUUCAUUUGCAACCAAGAUCAAGAAAAUGGAUCCGAAAAACAUCACAGUGACAAGCAUCACUUGUUGUCCAGUUUGUUGAGGAACGUCCUCCAUGUCAGUGACCAUGACAGACUCGACCAGAAUUUAUUUGGAAAGGUCAUCAUUCCAGUCAGGGAUAUUCCUGCUCAGGGCUGUGAUUGGUGGUGGGAUAUUACAAGCCCCUCCUCCAAAGGCAGCAAGCUUUCAUGUGGAAAAUGUCGCAUCAAACUCCAUCUAUCUCACCAACAGAGUUCUGAGACUGGUAGCCAGCCCUUCUCAGUCGAAGAUUACUACCAAGCUGCAGAACAAUUCUACAAACAUGCAAUUAGAGUCCAACAGGAGAACACACCUCUUGAUCCCAACCUCAACGAACAGGACAACCGGAUCCUGGAUUUGUUUGCUCAAUCAUAUGGAAUCUCAAAGUUAUCCCAGAUUUUGGUACAUAUUGUGGUCCUCCUAGAGUGGUCUUGUAACCAUGGUGAAAUCGGCACGGUAGACCAGACCCUUCAGACCGCAUUACAAGAACUCCAGAUGAUCUGGGCCUCCAAACAGUUUGACCUGUCCAGCUGUUCACAGAAAAUGCCCAUCACUGAUGCUGAGACAAUGAUGUACAGAAAUGCUGCAAGCAGUUACAUAUCCUCAGUCUCCACUCACCUAGACAACCACUCAGAGUUGUUUCCACCUUACCUGGACAGCAUUAAUAAUCUUAAACAAAAGUUGAGUGUCAGUAUGCUGCUGCUGGAGUUGGACCUCUGGGACUCCAGGUCUUCUCCCCACAGUCCACUGACACAGAAAAUCUUAGGGAAGCUUCAGGAUGAUACAAACCGCUGGAUCAGCGAAAAGGUUGAACAGAUCUAUAAACAUGACAUGGUACAGGAUCCAGUCAUUCCAAGGAUGACCGCUCUGGUGGAGCUGACCAAUCUGGUGUCCUCGCACUGCCUUCCUAUGGGUGUGGUCAAUAACCUUUACAACUCACUGGGCAUUGGAUACUUCAGGAUCAUCACCUUCUGUGUAGAAAAAAAGAUCAGUUUAGUGAUGAGAGAACUUUGUCAGGAGAUGGAUGCUUACCAGCGUAAAUAUCACCAGUACAAUGUGAACAUCACCUACAGUAGCCGGCUGGCUCUCCGCCUCUUCUUCGCUGCUAAGAAGUUCUACAGUGUUGUCCGGGAUAACGUCAGUAGAAGAGAUGUGUUUCGACUGACUAUUCACCAAUACCAGGACUGGUUUCUAGAUGCUUUGGUAUUCUGGUUACAGACAUUUAGAACCGAGUGUUUGAACCGGAUAGAAAGAGCUCUGGAAAUUGACAAAGACGUCAUUGUUACACACAGCUUGGUCAAAUUCUCCAACUCCUCAGUGGAUGUCAAAGCUUGUUUUGCACAGAUAACAGAAGAAUGGAGACAGAUUGACUAUCAUGACCCUGAUUCGAGUGUAAUGGGAAUUAUCAAAAUAACUGAUCUGAUAUGUGAUGGGGCCAGGAUGUACACUGACAAAAUUCACACCAUGAUGGAGCGAAGUAACUUUUAUGAUGAUGAUGAUGAACAGUUUGACAUUACAGACACGCUUUGCAUUACUUUGAACAACAUUGAGCAUGUGCGACAGUACUUGAAGGAACUUCCUGUUUUGCUCGAUUGGGAAUCUGUCUGCAUGCUUCUGUCCACCAAACACGAGAAUGAUGACAUUGGUACUAAAUCUAGCUCUACCCUCUCCCGGCUCAUCCACUCAGCAGGGCAGGAAAUCCUGUUAAAGUGCUCCCUCCUUAUAGCACAAAUCGUGGAGAAAAUGAAGGUGGACAUGUCCAGAUUCAUGGUACUGUUUACUCAGAAGACUCCUGAAAAGGCUUCAUCCAUAGACCAGUUGUUUCAGUACCUGUCCACUAAUCUGCAAACUCUGAGGGAGAGGCUGUUUGACAGUAUGUACCCCUACAUCACACAGCAGAUGUGGAUGACCAUCACAGACCUCAUGGAGGAACAAGUUUUCAUAGGGGAAAGACCAGAAUACUACUCUCAAAUGAAACAGUUUUUGCGGGCAUUGACGUCCUACUUUGCCAAAGAUGGUCUAAGAGAUGAUGAUCUACAGACAGAGCAGUACAAGAAGUUGAAAGCUCAAAUAGAACUAAACUCUCUAAGUACUGAGGAACUCAUGCUGGAAUACUUCCACAAUCUGGCUGAUGAAAUUGCAAAUGAGACACCAUUUGAUUUUCUUGGGAAUCUUGCCGUGAAGUUGUCAUAUAUAGAGGAAACAAGAGGAAAUGUUACCAUUUUUGUGAAAGUAAUUCGAGGCUCAGAUUUGCCAGGAUUGGACCACUCUGGUUUGAGCGACCCUUAUGUAGUUGUCUCCCUUUAUCCUAAGACCAUGUUUGGCCACAAUAAACCACAGAGGACAAAGAUUAUAGACCAGACAUUAAACCCAGUGUUUAACACUACCUUCCAGUUCCCCAACGUCCCACAUGAGUAUUUGACAGUGAGAGGGGCUGUUCUGUUGCUAAGUAUUUUGGAUCAUGACAAGAUUGGGUCUGACGAUUUUGCUGGUGAAGUCGCGAUCCACCUCUCUACCAUCACGCCAAUGGAAAUGUCCACCACUGUGGAUUCCAAGCCCGCCAUCAUGAUACCCAUCAGACGACCCACCUCUCAGCAGAAGGGACCUUACAAGGUUCUAGUGGAAAGGAGUAGCUGGGACAAAACAGCCAAAUUAUUUAUCACAGACCGACGACGCUUUAUUGAAAAACAGCGGAAACGUACUGAUCUCAAUACCAGGAUGUCUGGCUUCUUUUCAUUCUUCAGGGGCAAGAAAUCUUGAGAACUUGUAUAAACUGACCUGAUGUGCCAUUGCAAUGUGCCAAAUGUUGUGUGUAAUGGAUUUUGUUGUUGUAGUUUUAUGUUUAUUAUUUAUUUGUGACAUUGUUUCGAGUUGAGUUCAAAAUAAAUUAUAUUAUGUCUCCACCUCAA